CUGGCUCUGUGCCGGAGGUAAUGAGAAUACGUGAGAGCGGAUGGGUGCUCGUUCUUACCCCGUACGAAAGCUCGAGACCGAAGUAGUAGAUUCUUUCAACUUCUUGGGUACCAGAAAUUUGUUAACUAAGAGUCCAGCAGUUAGUAUGGCAAGAUCUAUAGCCUAGACUCAAAAUGUUACAGAUACGGAUAUUUUAAAUCUUUUAACAAAGACUGCUUGUUAAAGAACAAAUUUGGUCAGAAAAAUUUUAAUUUGAUUAUCUCGUAGGGGCAAUGGUAGUAUGAGUUUUAUUAACUUUACAUUGAAACAAAGUUAAGCAAAAAAACCUAAGGAAUAUAGGUGAAGUAAUUUUGUGAAGUAGAAUCUUAAAUAAAGUUGGUUAUGUGCAAUGCCGAGAUGCUACAAUGACAGCAAGACAGUGAGUUCAGUGAACAGCAAUCAUAAGCAUAGUACAGACGAUAUUGUAUUAACACAAUCAAAUACUUUCUCGAUUGGAAGUCAGUUGGAAGCAGACGAAGAUCCACCAGUAGUUGAAAAAUCGCACAGACGACUUCGGUGUGACUUAAGUCCUGUUCCAACAAGCACGAAUACUAAUUUAAACAUAAAAUUUCUCGGUUUAAAGGGUGAUAAAAGUAUUCGUCAGGAUCAUCAGGUGAGCACUGGAUCUGGGGGGCACAAAGAAAAAAAUAGGGAGACUAAAAAGAGAGCAGCUAUAGGCAAUACAGUGCGUGGAUUCCUCUCUUCUGGCCACAACAGGCAGGACAGGUAUGAGACAAAUAGGCAACGUUCUUCGGGUGGAACUGGUGGUGGCUUGUCUAGUUUAUGUCCUAAGUUGGUGGCCAGUGGAGGUAGUGGCAGCCAAAGUGGUAUCAGUUUGUCAGUGGGCCACUUAGCCUCUCAGGAAAGUGGAGGCCCUUGCGCAGUUGUCACUACUCAAAGGAUCCACAGCCACGCACAUCAUAGACGCCAAAGAAAACUAUCUAUUGUCGCGCAGGCAGGUCCUAGUGCCAAUGCUACUGGUGAUAGAAAGGUGUUAUCCAAUAUAAGUCGCUCUGCUAGUAUCUCUAAAAAGCAAACUCGAUCGCAGCGACAUGAUCAGAAUGCUGAUUCUUUGUCUGUAACUAGUAACGGUCUUGCAACCAGCUCCCCAUCUUCCAAAAAGAAAGUACUAUCUGCUCUACAUAUUUCCGAAAAGUCAUCUACUCAAAGUAUAAAUUCGUCAUCCUUAGAUCAUGAAAAUGAUCGUAGUUUUAGUGAUGCUGAAGAAGCAAUUGCAGCAACAGAGAAUGUGUUUGCGACACCAGGAUCUAGUUCUACACCUUCUACACCAAUUAAUAAAGUAAAAUCAGAAAAAUUCAGCAAGAAUGAAGAAGCAGAUGUGGAACACAAUACCCUCGCAGAAUGUACUGAUUUAUCAAAAAAUGCUGCAGAUGUACAACACGUGACUUCAAAUGAAUUUGAACAAAAAAAUUCUAUAUCAAUAAGAUCAUCCACAGUACAUAAAUCACAAUCUAUUAAUCAGGAAAGUAUCACAAAUAAUAAGCAAAGACCAUUGUCGAAUUCUAACGUUGGCGCCAAAUCUAGUAGUAACAGCGAUCAAAAAAUUGUGAAACAUAGAAAUACAAAUUCUGCAGAGAAAAUGAUUGAGCAUCAUAGUAGUAAAGAUAUCGAAGCAGUUAAUGUAGAAAAAGAUUUAGAUGAUGCUACGAUAUCAACGGACACAGAAAUGAAUUCCACAGACAGUAAUAAUCAACAAACGAAAAGUAGAAAACCUAUAGGAUACACAGAUAGUGUGCAUGACGUCAGUGCAAAUCAAGAAACCGCAAAUCCUCUGAAGACUGUAACCACCGAUAAGAGGAAGACUGAGAGUAAUGCAGGAUUAAGUGAGGAAGUAAUUAAGAGCUCGAGAUUUGUAACAUCAAAAGUACCGGAAGAUAUAACGGAAGCGGAUGUCAAGACAGCAGUGGAAGUAGACAAAGAAGAGGAGGAAGAAAGAGUGACGAUAUAUGAUGAUGAUGGCACCAGCAUCAGCGAUAUAGUGGCAGCACAGGCGCUUCAUGAAUCUUUAAGUAAAUUAGGCAAAGUUCCGCUAUUAGAUACCGAGAUGGAGGAAGUGCAGAAUACGGAUUUACGAGAAGAGGCGAAAAUGAAAGAGCAUUCUGAAAAGGAUAUAGUUGUGCAGGAAGAAACGGUGGAAGGCUUUAUCGGUCCAUUGCUCGAUGAAAACUUUAAAGCGGAUGAGAAAUUGUCACAGAAAACAAUGGCGAUGGAAGAGGUGCAAAAUUUAUUAAUGAAAGUUAAAGUGCAAGCUGUCGAGGAUGAUGACGAUGAAGAGAAAGCUGUAGGUAUUUCGCCGGACAAUAGAUUCUUGAAAUUCGAAGAGGAAAUUGGCCGUGGCAGUUUUAAGACCGUUUAUCGCGGAUUAGAUACUCAAACAGGUGUGGCUGUAGCUUGGUGCGAAUUGCAGGAGAAAAAGUUGAAUAAAACAGAGAGAUUAAGGUUUAGGGAAGAAGCUGAAAUGCUGAAAGGAUUGCAACAUCCGAAUAUCGUAAGAUUUUACGAUUAUUGGGAAGUUACACUUACUCGUAGGAAAUAUAUUGUACUAGUCACUGAACUUAUGACAUCAGGAACAUUAAAAACGUAUCUGAGGAGAUUUAAGAAGAUCAAUCCUAAAGUUGUGAAAUCUUGGUGUCGGCAAAUUUUGAAAGGCUUGAGCUUCCUUCAUUCUAGAUCACCACCCAUUAUCCACCGUGAUUUAAAAUGUGAUAAUAUUUUUAUCACGGGUACAACCGGAAGCGUAAAAAUUGGUGAUUUAGGUCUUGCAACACUGAAGAAUCGCAGUUUUGCGAAGAGCGUUAUCGGUACGCCGGAAUUCAUGGCACCCGAAAUGUACGAAGAGCAUUAUGACGAGUCAGUUGACGUUUAUGCUUUUGGAAUGUGUAUGCUUGAAAUGGCUACUAGCGAGUAUCCAUAUUCCGAAUGUACAGGACCAGCACAAAUAUAUAAACGUGUCGUAUCGGGUGUUAAGCCACAGAGUUAUGAUAAAGUGGAAAAUCCGGAAGUACGUGAUAUUAUAGAAAUGUGUAUACGUUUGAAGAAAGAAGAGCGACCGCUUGUUAAGGACUUGCUCAAUCAUGAAUUUUUCGCUGAUGACGUUGGAUUAAAAUUGGAAAUGGUGUCACGCGAUUCAGCAGUUGCAGAUACUGAACUAUCACGUGUUGAAUUUAGAUUGCGAGUAUUGGAUCCUAAAAAGCGCAGUAACAAACAUAAAGAAAAUGAGGCGAUACAAUUCGAUUUUGACAUACAAGCGGAUAAUGCUGAGGAAGUAGCGUUAGAAAUGGCAAAGUCUAGUCUUAUACUAGAGGAAGACGCUAAAGCAGUAGCCAAGAUGUUGAAAUCGCAAAUUACCACCUUGUUAAGAGAAAGAGAGGAACGUAAAGCCAAGGAAGAGAAAGAGCGUUUGGAUAGGGAAACUGCCACGGCCACAGAUGUCACAGCCAAUGCCGCGAGUGCCGAAAGCUUAUUACAGCAGCAAUUGUUACUUCAACAAAUGCAGUUGCAACAACAGCAGCAGCAGCAGCAACAACAACAGCAGCAGCAGCAGCAACAACAGCAGCAGCAGCCACAACAAAUCCAGUCCAAUAUCGGAAUACAGAUGCAAAGUCAAGUUCCGAUGCAAUUACAACAGUCUCAAAUGCCCAUUCAACAACAACAACUGCAAUCGAACGCUCAGCAAGCUCAACAGCACAGUUUACAACCUCAGCAGGUUCAGUUGGUUCAACAGCAACCGAUAAUUCAACAGCAAACGUCAGUCGUGCAGCCUCAACAAGCACAGCAGAUACAAUAUCAACAACAAAUGCAGCAGCAGUAUCAGCAAUCGCAACAGCAACAGUAUCCUCAACAUGUUCCGCAAAGUUUGAAUGCAAAUUCUCCGCAGUGUUCCACCCCGCAAAAUGUUCAGGGUCAACCUUCAUUUUCUCAGGUGCCACAGCAAAUACAGCAGCCACAGCAACAAUUACAUCAACCACAGCAAUAUAUACAAUUGAAUCAGAUGGGUGUUCCGCAACAGAUCCCUCAUCAGAUACAGCAACAAAUACAACCUCAAAUGCAAAUGCUGUCGCAGCAGCAGCAUAUGCACCAACAGCUUCAACAACAGCAAUACGCGACGCAACCGCAAGUCCAGCAUGUACAGCAGCUGCAUCAACAUCCCGUUGGUUCGCCGCCUGUUCAAAAUCAGCAAUAUUAUCAGCAGAAUGCUACUGGCUCUUCGGGAUAUGUGUCAACCGGUCCUUUGUAUCAGCAAACCAUGCCGCAACAAAUAUUUCACACAUACACCACGUCCACUAAUCCUUCCGGCCACAUAGAGAUCUUGUCGUCCACGCAAACCGCGACGCAGAUUUACUCACAUGCGAGUUUACCGACUGCUGCAGUGGCUGCAUCGUCACAGUCGCAAUAUAUCCAGCCAGCGGCGCAGGUUCAAGCGCCCAUACCGUCGGGCAUGAGUGUCAAUAGCUCGUCUGCUGUGACUCACAUACAGAAUGUACCGACUUCAACGAUCCCUAAUAUGCAGGGUGCGUCCGCUUUACUUGGCAAUACCAAUCAUCAGCCUCAGUCUCAGCAAAAUAUUCUCGUACAAAUGCAAUAUUCGCAAAGUGCGAAUGUUAUACCUAAUUCUCUCUCAAUGACGUCGAAUGUUACAAAUGUCCCGGCGCAAACGUCCACCAGUCUGCAGCAGCAACAUCAACAACAUUUCAUUGCGAAUACAGAUCAGUGCCCGACGACCGACAGGUCUACCUUGAUGAAACAGGACACGAUGGAUUCGAUACAAUCUCUGCCACCGGACACACCGAUGAAUUUACAGCAAGAUCAAAUUGUCACCUCUGCUGCAGUCGUAACGAACGUUGUACAGCAGCAACAGCCACAGCCACAGCCACAGUCGCAACCGCAGCCGCAGCCGCAGCCGCAGCCGCAGCCGCAGCCGCAGCCGCAGCCUACAACGUCAAAUGAUGGAGUUACGCCUGAAAAUUCUGAAAGUGUUGCCGCUUCCGAGAGAAGUCGAGUGAAGCGUUCGGGAACGAAACGUAAGAAGCCAGGCAUUAAACUGACAGUUCUGUCUGUUAGUAGUGGCGAGGGGCAAUCAAUGACCGUCGAGUGUCAGUUAGAUACGAGUAAACAAAAGACUGUUACUUUUAAAUUUGAUCGAGAUGAUAUGGUGCCUACGGACAUUGCCAAUAAUUUGGUAGCGGAAAAUCUAUUGCCACAGUCCCAAUGCGAGACAUUUAUAGAAUUAAUCGAAGACAUUGUCAAGCAGUUGCGCUUGGACCCUACACGUUCCCUACCUUUGGUAGCGCACGGUCCUCCCGACCAAUCCGCCGGUGGAAGUCCUGUUACAAGUCGACGUCCUAGGGACCGUGACCACAGUCUCGAUACAGCCAAGCAGGUGAGACAUGGCUCGCUAACACGUCAAAGCAGCCACCGAUCGUCGUACAAAGUCCAUCGUAGGCACCGUUCGAGAGACGAAACUUCAAACACUUCCACUCCGACGAAAUUAUUGCCGAUCGACCAAAUUAUUUCUCAUAUUGCCAGCGCUACUUCGGAAAAGCAACAAACCGUUCAAACACCUGAUCAAGCAGGCGCCGAAAAUACGUCAGCGGAGGCUUCUAGGAGGUCAUCUACGUCUACGCAAAAUACCGAUACUUUAACACCUACAAAUAUACCGAGUGAUCCAACAGACACCCAGGAAACUAUUGUUUCUGCAACGUCUGCAGAAACAGUGGUGGAAGCGCAUCACAAUAUUCAAGACGACACUAGUAAUUCGCCUUUCCAAUCUUACCAAGGUUCUGCAACGCAAACUCAAAUUCAGGAUGCUAUGGUGAGUGCGAAUAAUGUAAGUGACGCACCGAAAGAAUCUCAAGAACAGCAAGAUAUAGUGGAUAUGAAAGAAUCUGGAACGGCUAAGGAGACAAGUGCGUCUGAUGUAGCUACAGAGGUAUCCGCUUUGACGGUACCACAGCCAGUGCGUAAAGUUUCUCGCUUCUUGGUUAGUCCUGUAGUUGAGCAGAAGAAUAUCGCGGCUGAAGAGGAAUCUUCCGUUAACGAAACCGUGGAUCGUACCAAUAUCGCAACAUCGCAAUCAGCAGUUCAAUCUGUCGCGCCUACCGCGAUUGUAGAACCUGUAUUAAAAAAUGAGGAACAUGUGGAAGUGAAUGUGUUGGAUACUCAAAAUAUAACAGUGCACGAACAAGCUAGCAAUAAUGAUCAAGUGGUGCAAGCAGUUCCGUAUACCGUGGAACAAACAGACAACACUCAACAGAUUUUGCAGCAAGGGCAACAAUCGGUCGGAAUGCAGCAAAAUAUUAUUCAAGUGCAAACGCUGCAACAAGUAACGGGACAUGUGCAACAAACUACAACACUCGGACAAUCAAAGCAGCACACUAUAAUUUUACAAGGCGCUAUAACUUCGCAGCAAGCGACUCAGCAAAUACCUCAGACUGGCGUGCAGCACUUUGUGCCGGUAAAUUCGCAGAAAGAGAUGCCGCAGAUACAGCAGCCGCUUCACACGAACGGAAUGGCUCAAGCACAGGCGCAGUAUCCGAACCAGGCGAUAAUGCAACCUGGCGUUGUGAUACAGCAGCAGAUUCCUAUACAGCAGAGUGUAAUAACACAGCCGCAUCAGAAUGUGCAAGCAGAGCAUCAACAUCAAGCUCAGAUGCAAGCCCAACGUCCAGCAGUGCAGCAAUUCGUCCCGCAACAAGUGCAGCCACCACAGCAAUACGUAAUGCUGUCGGGACACAUGCAGUCGAUACAACCGAAUGUAGACGAUCGAAAUCGUAGAGUAUCGAGUAUAUCUACCGCGUCGAACGUGUCUGUGGACUCCCAAUUGUCGGAAUCGUCCAAUAUAUCUGAAGAGAAAAGGCAAGGUGUGACAGUGGCUAAUGUGCCCGUAGCGCACAUGCAGCAUGUACAAGUUGUUGCGCAAGACCAGCAGAGUACAAUGCCGUUGACGCAGAGCGUGGAAACUGCUCAACAAUUUCAGACUACUCAUCAGAAUGUGCAACAUGUUUCGGGAAAUGUGCCCCCGUCCAUGCCAGUACCCCUUCCUGUACAUUCGGCCGUAGCUACGGACGUUUCUAUUCCCAAAGCCACAAUCAAAACGAAAGAGGUAUCCUCGACACUCCCUGAUCUCGCGCAAAACUUGGCGAACAUACUUUCAAAUCCAAAAUCCAAAUCCGCCACACCUCAUCCUUUAACCAGCCACGAGCCAACGUCCAUCUCAAACACUUCUACGUUAAUCGAUUACAAACCUGUGCAAUCUGAACAAUAUUUUCAACCUAUACAACCGGAAGCGAGCCAAUUGCAGAUUCAGCCGCCUAUUCAACAAAGUUAUCAAGGACCGAUUAUUCAUCAGGGAUAUCAAUCGCAGCAAAACUUUCAACAAGCAUUUCCAAAUCAGCAGUUGGUUCACCAGAGUCAAAUACCAAUAUUGCAAUCAAUUCCGCUAACAAUCCCUCAACAAAUUGAUCUGCAAACACAGAUGAUGCAGUCGGCUCUUCAAACUGUAGCGGGACAAUCAAUCGCUCAAGGAAAGUGGAUUGUUACUGCUAAUCAAAUUCCUCUCCAGCAACCGAUGCGACUUAUACAACCGAAUCAGCUGCAACCACUUCAAAAUCAAUUGCAUCUGCAACAGAUCCCGAUGCAAUCACAAAUGCAACAACAGACUGUACAAGAUCAGCAACAUAGCGAAUCUUCCGUUGUAAUAGAACAAUCAAACUUACAUUUAAAACUUCCAGAGCAGAAUCCAGUAAAAUAUUUGGAAACCGAGAAUUUGGACUCUUCAAAUUUAAAUUGUAUACAUCGUACUAGUUCCGAUUGCCAAUUACUUAUGUCCGAGAAUGAGAACUCCAGUCACGAUGUGACGCCUGAACACACUUUCGUUGAAUCUAUCGAUUCUACAUCAAUGUUACAACAACAGUUGUCGCAACAACAAUAUCAACAGCAGCAGCAACACCGCAAACUCAGUCAACAGAAUUCAUUGGAUAAAGUGUCAGAUAUGAGCAGCAUGGGGAGUAUUGGAAAUGGCACAGGGCCGCAAACCAUAGCUGACUUACAUCAGAAACUCGUGCAAUUGACUAGUCAGCCGUCGGAAUCGUUGAACGUCGGUACACCACCUAUAAGCUAUCCCGCUACGCCUCAUAAUCAUCAAAUAGUAGGAGGAUACGACGCGUACAUGCAUUCUUUGCAGCAGAAAUUGUAUAAUAUCGGUAUGCCAGUUUCGUCUGCGAAUGCGGUAUGCCCAUUAUCUCCUCAAACGACAAUACACUCUUCUACUAUUCUCCCUGACACGCAAGUUGAUGCGACUAACGAAGGCUCCGUUAUAACCCAAGAGAACUCUGGUGCAUUUGCAUUUUCUCAAACGAAUGUGGAAUGCUCCCUCGAUAGUCCAACGCCGGGAGCUCCUACAGGGUCUGAAACUAUGAGCCCAAGCAAAGAGAAUGCAAAGAUACGAGCUCAAAGACCGGGAUCUCGUUUGCAGGAAUUGGAGCAGGAAUUGGCAAAGAUCCACCAUAGAGGAUCAAUUUUUGCAGCAGCUCCGACGCAGCCAUUAUCGAUGAUUAAUCCUGUAGCAAUGCAACAAUCCGCGCAAAAUUUACUGACGACCGCUCCAGGCUCAACAGUACCAGUGGCUACUGUCACUCCCAACAUUGUGACACCACGAUCUGGUACCAAUACUCCAAUUCAAACAGAACUCCAGGACGGUAACGAGAAGGCGAAUCCUACACAACCUAUCCGAAAAAUUUCGAGAUUUGUGGUUUCCAAAGUUGCGGGCCCACCUGCUCAUAGUAACACUACUGUUAAUCAACAACAGUCUACUGAUGCGACGAGAGCUCAAUUGCAACAAGCGGAAGAAUUAAAAAUUUUAGAACGGCAAAAUGUUCCUUCUUACCAUACAGAUGAUCUGCAUGGUGUACCUGCACAAGUACCUCAUAGUCGAGAGAAUUCUGUUCCGCCAACUGUACAGGCAACUCAUGGUACUAAUAUUUCGAAUAUGGAAAUUGAAAAAGAAGAAAGAUUUGUAGCUCUUACACCGAGUGAAGAAUACCAACUGCUUAUAAAAAGGCAAACUCUGGAAUUGGAAACAUUGCAAAGAAGACACAGGGAGGAGCUGGAACGUUUCCAACAACAUCAGUUACAAUUGCUUAUUCAGCAGCAGCAACAAGCAAGCGCCCUUCAUCAGCAUCAGCACCAUCCGUUGCUUUAUCACACUGUUGCAACAAAUAUCUCUGGGCCUAGAAUUCCAGGCACGGAAGACUAUUUGAUGUUCAGCACAGCGCCGCAGACUCCAUUGCAGAAAGGUCCGAACAACUAUCCGGACACUGACGAGACUUUACGGCUGGCCAUGCAGAAAUUGAAGCAGACGCCAUUGCAGCUUCAGCCACAGCAGGCAUCAGCUGGAAUACCACAUGCUUAUGUUAUUCCAAUUCCAGUAGUGCCUUCCGAAAAUAUACAAAGUGUAGUUUCUCAGCAGAAUAAUAACUGCUCGAAUGACAUAUUAUGCGAAAGCAUCGAUUCGACACACAGUCCGGCGAUUAGUAAUCCGACACAGUACCAAUUCGCUCCUAUAUUAUCGGAGGGGACGAAUAUUACGUCGGUGACUGGAUCUUUACCUGCGUCGGCGCCCUUACCGAUACCUAGUUCGACGGGCGCCUACAUUCAAUAUCAUGAGAGUCAGCCGUUAUCGAAUUUUCAAACCUUUAGCUGCACCCCCCACGGUGGUUUCUUUCUACCAGCUGGAUACCGGCUGAUAUACGCACCGCCCACCGGGACGACUCAAUCUCAGCCAGCGACACCCGCUGCGUCUCACAUAGCAAAUUCGCGCGACGAUACGCCUCCAACGACGGAGUCGCAUCACUCAACCACCGUCGAGAACUCGACGGUCCCUUCCUUGCAUUCGGAUCAAUAACGUAACACUCGGUUCACACGCUUCUAUAUUUUCCGAUCGAUCUGUGCUCAUUAGUUUAAUGCUCGGUAUCGUCUACUCGGAGUUUCGCAUUUUAUCAUCACAAAUGUAAUCCAAAUGUAUAAUUUGCUAUAAAAUGCGCGCGCCGUUGCUAGACAUUAUUAUAAAGAUGUGAAGGCGGAUUAAAAAAAAAAAAAAAAGACGUGAGUGGAAGUGUCAUGUUUUUCGAUGUACGACGUACUUGGAUGUAUUAAACAAGAUAUCAAAUAUUCUCGCUAUCUGAGCGUGUGCAUGAUAUUAUUCUGAUAUGUGCCUCGCAGCGGAAGUAAAGCGGAAAUAAUGCGGAAGGGCAAAGAAGCGUAUAUACAAGUUUUCCGAAUGUAACGCAGGAACUUGAGAUAGAGGCCUUUACAUGUACUGUGCUUCGAUGCGUUAAAGAGAAAACGAAAGAAAAAAAAUGAAAAAAAAAUCUUCCUUCGCUGAGACCUCUAAGGGAUUCUACUAUUGCUCGAUUCCUUUAGUAGCACAGCUCACAUUAGUACAGGCCUCCGCUAGUCUUACGAUCGAAAUGGCACACAGCCAUUCUGCUCGAUAUAUAUGUAUAACUGUUACUUUGUAUGCUGGAUGUGUCAGAAACAAACUGUUAGAGACUGAGUGAGCGAGAGAGAUCGAAUGACAAGGUUCGAAGAAGAGUUGAAAGAUAGAGAAUGAAAGAGAAACGAGAGAGAUAGAGUGCAACGUAUAUACAAGUAUGAAUAUGUAUGCACGAAUGCGCGCGCUGUGUGUAUGAGUAUGACUGUGCGGAUACGUAUCGGAGGUAAAUAGGCAGAGAAAGAUAUGAUUAAUAUAGUCACUGUUAUGCUUUAAUGUAUUUCUAGCGAUUUUGCCUAUUUCAAUUAAAGAAGAAAAGUCAUGUGUUACUAGUUAGCAAACCCAUA